AUAGAACGUAGACUUCACGUGUUUCAUUUGUUUACAAUUUUUUACCGCAAAAUGAAGCCUUUCGAAGUGCCGCCCUGGGAGACAGGAGCUGAUAUCAUUGAGUUCGAGCCGGUGAAUCCUUCCGGAAGUGGAGUCGCCGCCAAAGAACCAAAGAAGAAGAAACCCAAAAAAAAGAAGCCCAAAAAGAAGAAGGGCGCUGUGCCAGAAGAAAAUCUGAAUGUGAACACUGCAGCUGGAAAAUUCAGUUACCGUCAGGUCAGAGGACCUCUUGACUCCUCAGAUGACGACGAUGUGGAGGAUGGCAUCCGGGCCAUGCACAAGGUGAUGUCCGGAAGAAUCGAGAAACAGCGACCACUAACGCAGGCAACAAAAGGUGGCAAAAAGGAACUGAAACUGAAACCCGAACUGGCCCAGGCGGCUGUGAAGGCCAUGGAGGCCACCAGCUCAUCCACGCCGGCUGCAAACUCGCUGGCCAGUAAGCUGCAAUCGGAACUCCUGGGCGGACGUUUCCGGUACAUCAACGAGCAGCUCUACUCGACGACCAGUCGCAAGGCGGAGGCACUUUUCCGCAAGGAUAGCUCCGCCUUCGAGGCCUAUCACGCUGGCUACCGUCAGCAGGUAGAGAAGUGGCCCAUCAAUCCGCUCAAUCGCAUUAUCAAGACCAUCAUGAAGAUACCCAAAACAGCCAUAAUUGGCGACUUUGGUUGCGGCGAGGGCAAACUGGCACAAUCCGUGCCCAACAAGGUGUACUCCAUGGACUUGGUGGCUGCUCGUAGCGACAUCAUCGCCUGCAACAUGACGGAUACUCCACUUCAAGAUCGAUCUCUGGACGUGGCCGUAUACUGCCUCUCACUAAUGGGCACGGAUCUGAACGAGUUCUUCCUGGAGGCCAAUCGAGUGCUCAAGCUGCACGGCAGUGUCUAUAUCGCGGAGAUUCAGUCGCGAUUCGAGGAUGUGCGGGAGUUUGUGCGUUGCCUCAAUGCAUGUGGAUUCGAUCUUAUCAAGAAGGAUGUGGCUGUUAACUAUUUCUACUUCUUCCAAUUCAAGAAGAUGCGUCAUGUGCCCAAGAACACCAAGAUGAAAGCUUUCUCUCUCAAACCUUGCUUGUAUCGCAAGCGAUAGGAUGACAUUAGUAGAUUUCCGACUUUGCGAACUGUUAAAAAACCAAGACAAAGAAUGCACUUAUAGAUAGAUACAUUAAUUUAAUGUAGGAACCCUAGGAACCGCAAUAAAUUUGGAAUUUUUACAAA